AUGGCGGCAUUGCCAAGGUUCAUGGUGCUGUAUUCAAAGAGCGUGGGGAAAUACUUGAGGCAUCCUAGCAUAGGGCUGGCCAUUGGAGUCGCCGCCGACAAGGCCUGGGAACCGCAGGCCAAGUUCGAGGUGGAGCCGUCGGCGGUCCACCCAUUCAUGGUCCACAUCAAGUGCAGUUACAACAACAAGUACCUCCAGCCCAUCGGAGGGGACGCUAUCGGCGGCUGGAUCUGUCCGAUGGCGGACAGGCCCAACGAAAACCUCGUCGACUGGCGCUGCACCUUGUUCCAGCCCGAGUUUGGUACUGGCGGCGGCAGCGGCGAUGUAACCGUGGUCCAACUGUCCAGCGGGGGCGCUACGUAA